AUGGCUUCCAGCAGAGCAGCAGCAUUUAACCGAUUGAAGACGGUCUUCAGCGACAGGGUGGUUACUCCCGAUGCUGGAUCUGAGUACCAGGCAGCGAUGGUAGUUCCCUGGUCGCAGACGUGCUGGACUCCGGCUGCCGGUUAUGUGUAUUUGAGAGACGCUCAAGAGCUCACUGAAGCACUGGAGAUUAUCAAAAAAACAGGAUCUAAGUUCACCAUCCGUACCACCGGCCAUAAUCCCAACGCGGGCUUUAGCAGCGCAGAUGAGACAGCCAUCGUUUUGGAUAUCCGCCAGCUUCAGAACAAGGAGCUGGGCUCAGACGGUGUCGCUCGAGUUGGAUCGGGAAACACCUGGGGUGAGGUGUAUGCCUGGCUGGAGGAACAGAAGCUGUCAGCAAUUGGCGGUCGAGACCAGCAGGUCGGGUUAGGAGGUUUCCUUCUAGGAGGUGGCAUGGGAGCUUUGCCCCAUCUACAUGGACUAGGCGCUGAUGGAGUUCGGAAUUUCGAGGUCCUUUUAGCCAACGGUAGACUGGUCAAUGCAAAUGCGACAGAAAACGCUGAUCUUUACUGUGCUUUGAAGGGUGGUGGCUCCAACUUUGGCAUUGUGACUAGAUUUGACCUUGACACCCACCCACUAAUCAACGUGCAAUACACGAUCAAUCUCUAUAACCCAGAGGAUCAUAUUGCAAUAAACAAGGCUACAGUGGCGGUUCAGGAUGCCAUGGAAAAUGACCCUAAAAUCGGGUUGUUCACCAAUUUCAAUAAUGGUUUUGUUGCUGUGGGCUUACUCUAUGGCGACACACCCACUGAGCGACCUACGGCUUUUAAGCCUUUUUAUGACCUUGAUAGCUUGGUGACAACAGUUCUACCAUCCACAAAUGGCACUCUCUUGUCACUGGCCCAAGCAAUGGGUCAUAAACAGGAGGCCAAGAAACGGACCAUCUGCACUAUGACUACUAAGGUAUCGCAGGAGCUCUACGAGGAUGUCUAUAAGUCCUGGACUGAAAUCUGCAAGACCCUCCCGACUGACGCAGUCCUGCAUUAUACUAUCCAGCCGUUUGGUAAGGCUGGCGUCCAGGCAGGAAAGGAUCGUGGAGGAAAUAUUAUGGGCCAUGAGAGUGUUCCACAAUGCUGGUGGGUAUUUACCUGCGAGUGGCCUCAAGAGGGUAGCGAUGAUGCCGCCGCGCAAAUGGCAGUGGCCACGAUGACCGAGGCUGUGCAGUCAUUGGCUAAGGAAAAGGGAGUUUUGCUUGACUUCAAGUGCAUGAGCUUUGCGACCGCCUCUCAGAAAGUACUUCGUAGCUAUGGAGCCGAUAACUUGGAGCGAAUGCAAGAGACCGCAGCCAAAUACGAUCCCGAGCGGGUAUUCCAGAAGCUGCAGCACGGAGGCUUUCUCUUACGUGACAACAUUUAG